AUGGUGUCGCGUGUGGAGCGUGUUUUAGCGAAAAUCGCAUUAUUCGCUAUUCUAGCGUCACAUGUGGCUGUUGUUAAAUGCCAAUUGAGGUUUGCAUCUGUAGGAAAUUGGGGUACAGGCUCAAAACUUCAGAAGAAAAUUGCUGAGACGCUCAAGUCCUCCAUUGCCAACGAUCGCGUUACAUUCAUUGUUUCCCCGGGCUCUAACUUCGAAUAUGGCGUUACAGGUCCUGCAGAUGAUAAAUGGGAAAUGCAAUUUCAGUCCGUAUAUAGGAGCGAAGACGGCUCCAUGGAAAUACCCAUGUUCACUGUCCUGGGAGCAGGAGAUUGGCAAGGAGACUUCAAUGCUCAGAUAAACCGCAAUCAACAGGCAUAUCUCACCGCUCAGAUGACAGAAAAGACGGACAUGAAGGGUCUGCCCCGCUGGACAAUGCCAAACUGGUGGUACCAUUACUACACUCACUUUGCUACAACAGCUUCUAUGUCCCUACUCAAGAGUGGCCACAAAGACAUGAGUGUCGGCUUCAUUUUCAUCGACACAUGGAUCCUCAGCAACGCUUUUCCCUACAAGGAUGUUACCAAUGCUGCAUGGGCAGAUCUUAAGAAGGUGCUAGAAAUAGCUCCAAGGAUACUAGACUACAUCAUUGUGGUUGGGGACAAGCCCAUACAAUCCAGUGGACCUUCGAAGGGUGAUUCACAGCUCGCAUACUACCUCCUACCUCUCUUGCGUGAGGCCCAAGUUGAUGCCUACAUCUCAGGUUAUGACCACGAUAUGGAAAUAAUAGAUAGCAACGGCAUCUCUUUGAUUGUUACCGGAAAUGGUGGCAGCAGUGGAAGAAGACCCGUCAUGAAAACUACUAAUUCUCUUUUCUUCAGCGAAAAGGGCGGAUUCUGCAUUCACGAACUCAAUGCAGAUGGUAUGGAGACCAAGUUCGUCAAUGGAGACACGGGUGAAGUUAUGUACACCCACAAGCAACCAAUCAAGAAGAGACAACAGCGUCAGUAUGGAUCAGAAGUUCAGAAUGUCUCGGCCUUGCCCAAUGUGUCUCUUUACCCGAUCGGCGAAAUGGCGUCACCCACUCAGAUGGAUGCGUUCAUCAAAAUAGUAGGUACCAUUGGGUUGAUCAUAGCCGGUAUCCACAUUACCCUGUUAUCCGGGACUACACUGGGUAAGGCAGCAGCCAUAUAA